CUGCAAUGGGUCGCAUCUGCCGGCGCUGCAUCGGUGCAUCUGCAUGCAUCUGCAUGCAUCUGCCCACCCCGGCCCGUAUCGGCAGCGUCCAUCUGGGCAGACAGGAUGUCCGGCUCUCCAGGGACUGGUCGAGUGGUCGGUUUGCUCGCCUUGAGGCACUCUUCGAGACAUCGACCAGCACCCCGAACGUGGACCUGAGAAGAUAAGGCUGGCAGCCGAGUCGAGCCGAGCCAAGCACCGCCAUCGGUCCUGCUCGCCGAGUGACCCAUCCAUAUAUCGUCCGGCCGCACUGCCCUCCCCCGGGUCGCUUGUCUCUGCCUCUGCCUCUACUGCUGCUGCUGCCCAGGACCCAUGCUUGCCAAGUGCUUUGCCUGCCUCCCUCUCCGGCGACCCGACCAGCGAACCAUUCUCGUGCGGGAGAGCGAUUUCAUCCGGCCGCCGCUCUCGUCGCAGGAGCACUCCAUCCGCCCGUCGUCGCCUUCGACCAAAUUCGGCCCCUGGCACCACCCCCUUGAGACCUUUGUCAAUAUGGCAGCGCACGAGCCCGACUGCCUCAUGGUCUCGACGCUGGAGAGCGGCGAGCUGCAGCAGUACACCUAUCGCCAAGUCUGGGAUCGGGCAUACUCGAUCGCCCAGGGUCUGAAGGAGCUGGAGGUCUGGUCUCCGGGACUUGACGUUGUGGGCCUGCACUGCGAGCCCGAGGCGCACUGGGUGUUCUUCACUCUGGCACUCUGGAUCCUGGGGAAGAAGCCGAUCUACUUUGCCCUCAACUGGUCUGCCUCUGUCCGCAAGAUCGUGAGCGACAGGCUGCGCGUCAGGGUCAUCCUCUAUGCCUGCACCAAGCCUGGCCGCAUCGACGGCGUUCAAGCCAUCGACGGGACCCAGUUUCCGCUGCUGAACAGAGUCCCAUUCCCAUCGUUGGAGAUCUGUGCUCCGGUGCAGGAAUGCAUCGCUUAUGCAGCGACAUCUGGAACCACAGGCGUGCCCAGAACAUACCCGAUUCCUCAUCGCGCCGCCAUCAGCGUCGUUGACAAUUGGCCCCGACUCUACGGAUCGAUGGGAGUGACUCAGGCUCCUUCCUUUGGCGGCUCGGGGCUCGGUACCAUCGUACCGACCCCGUACCUCAAAGGCUCGCUCUGGUUUCCAAAGCCUACACAGAGCGUUACUGAGCGUGCGCGCGAGUUGAUGAGACUCUUUGAUGCUGGACUCGAGAUUGCGUUCAUGACGCCUUCGUUCGUCAAAUUCUUCUUCAAGAUUGUCAUUUCCGACAGACAAAGCGCCCAGUGGCCGUUCGUAACACGGAUCAUCAUGGGCGGUGAAGUCAUUCAGACAAGCGUCGUUGACCUGGUGAAGAGGCACAUGCCGAAUGCCAGCAUACGCUGCGUCUAUGGCUCAGCCGAGACCUCCAUCAUUCAGCUGUUUGUCUUUUCGACGAUCGAGCCCCAGGAUCCCACUCCUGAGACGAUCGUCUACACUGCCAACAAUCCAAAGCACCGGUGCAUCCUUCUGGAUGAGCAGGGCCGCUUGAUCAACACCGUCGAGCGCAAACGCGGGAUUCUAGGCUUUGCCUUGCCCAAGGACGACCCCAUUCAGCGACACCCAAACUUCCAAGAUUCGGACAACGCACACCCACUAACGGCCUUUGGAUUCCUCGAUGACGGAUCGCCCCGGGUCUGCACUAUGGAUGAAGUCGAGCUCCUCGGCGAGAACAAGUUUACCGUGAUCGGCAGAUAUGGAAGAAAAGUCAGAGUCAAUGAUACAGUACUGGACCUGCAGAUGCUCGAGGACCAGCUCCUCAAACAGAUCGGAACCAUCGCCAUCGACUGCAGCUUUGUGCUGGCGCCAGACUCCCAAAUCGUGCUCCUGUACGCCCCAAAGAAGGUGUCCGGCACCCCGCUCACCUCAAAACAGAUCUUGGACAUGGUCGAGACCAUCUUCAAGUACCAGAACCUGCCAAAGUUUUCUAUCAGUCGCUGUCUCGAGCUGGAAGAGCUGCCGUUCAGCGAGUCCGGUAAACGCGACAUGCAGAUUCUCAAGAACAUUGUCGCCCGGGCCGAUGUCUACGAGCUGGCAACAUCGUUUCCGUUGCUGCCAUCGGACAUAUCGCUCCGAACGCAGAUUGCGCGCAAAGUGUCGCACCUGGGAUGCUGCAUCCUCGAGAUUGCCCUGCUCGAUGGACGCGACUACGACAUCUGCAGCGUCGGUUUUGAUUCCAUCUUAACGGCGCGCCUGUCGCUGACGCUCAAGGACGAGUACGGCGUCGAUGUCAACCCGUUUGUGCUGCUGUCGCCUGGAGUCACCCCUCUCCAGAUUGCCGACAUGAUCGUCGAGGCCACUGCCCAUGGGAAAAUGGCACCCAGGCUUCCUACGCUCGACCUGGCCAAGGAAGUUGCAAAGUACGACGACAAGACGGUCUCGGGAGCAUCGCUUCAGCCAUUCCGAUUCUCAGCCGCCCCAAACAAGAUCCUCCUGACAGGUGCGACGGGGUUCCUUGGGUCUUUUAUCCUGUCCGAGCUGAUGGCGUCGUUUCCAAGGUCCAAGAUCGCAUGCCUCGUGCGAGCCGCUGACGACACCGAGGCAACACAGAGACUCUGGAAGGAUGUCAAGAUUGCGACAAUGUCCGCAUCGCCGCGAGAAAACAGCGGUUCGGAGUACAGCGAGCGCAUCGAGGCUUACGCCGGCAAUCUCAGCUCCGAGCACUGGGGCCUGAGUCCAGAGAAGUGGAGGCAUCUCGCCGAAAGCGUGGAAUUGAUCAUUCAUCUGGGAGCAGAGGUCUAUCGCGCAUGCUCAUACGACAAGCUCGUCAAAACCAAUGUUCUCGGAACGCUCACAGCCCUGCGACUGGCCACCACUUGCCGCUUGAAGGCCGUGCACUACAUCUCGACGAUGGAUGCUCUUCCGUGGUCCACCAAGGCGUCGCAAGAGAUCUUCCAAGAGAAAAUGUAUUCGGACUGGAGCGUCUCGGGCGGAUACGCCCAGACCAAGUGGGUGGCCGAGCAUCUCGUCGACCGAGCCCACGCCCGGGGCGUACCGGCGACGAUCAUUCGGCCCAGCGGAAUCGUGGGCGACACUAUCUUUGGUGUUUGCAACAAAGACGAGUAUAUCUGGAAGUACGUCAAGGGAUGCAUCCAGCUGGGCGUGGUUCCUGUCGCCGACAGCAACGUCAAUUUGAAUCUGGAUCCGGUUGACUAUGUGGCCAAGGCCGUCGUUGCGAUUGCCGGCUCGCAGGCAGCCCUAGACCAGUACAUAUUCCACAUCAACGAUCCGAUGAGAAGAUUCACGGAGGAGGAUCUGUUCCAGAUUGUGCUGGAUAUGGGCUGGCCCAUUCGCUUCGAUACCCGCGAGACCUUUGAGCAACUAACGUCAAGCCCAGACUGUCUUGAAUCGCAUUCGCUUCUUCCGCUUCUCCACUAUAUCCCCCGGAGAACAUUCGUCGGUGACAAUGCGCACACACGAUCGGUUUUUGCGUCGGCGGGCCCGCCCAUGUUCAAAGCGAUCCGCCGGAGCCUUGCCUAUCUCGUCGAGGCCGGUUACCUGCCGGUUCCGCCGACGCAGAGGGCGCAACGGGAGUGAAAGUGCGACGGACCGACUGGCCUCUCGUUGCCGUCUCGGCGUGACGCUGAUUGACACAUCGUCGACAGUGCUGCCGGUGCCCAAUAUACGAUAUGGCUUCCA